CUCCAACCUUAUCAGUCAAACCCCUUUUCCACUCUCUCCCUCCCCGUUUCUAUAUAUAUAUCCACUCGUCCUGCUCUAUCGUUUGCUCUGAAACACAAGCACACCUCGCCGCUUUAUUUUCCCGACGUUAAAUACGAAUAGUAAUAUGGUUGCAGAGCGGAUGGCGCCGAAGGAGAACGUGGCGCGUGCCCUGAAGGCGGAGGACAGCGCCAAGGAGAUGCAUUACAGAGGCGUACGGAAGAGGCCGUGGGGGAGGUACGCCGCCGAGAUCAGAGAUCCCGGCCGGAAGAGCCGCGUGUGGUUAGGGACGUUCGACACGGCGGAGGAGGCGGCCAGAGCAUACGACGCUGCCGCCAGGGAGUUCCGCGGCGCCAAGGCGAAGGUCAAUUUUCCGGUGCCGGAGGAGAAUAUUAAGAGUAAUGGUGGUAACAAUGGCUUCGAUGUCGAAAUCAAGAAGAAUAACUGUAAUCAGAGUCCGAGCCAGAGCAGUACCGUCGAGUCCUCCGGCCGGGAGGAGUUCUCGCCGGCUCUGAUGGUCGAAUCGUCUCCACCGGUGGAUUUCAGCCUUUCUCGCGAUGGAGGCCCCGUUCCUGGAUUUGAUUCAGCCUCGAGGCUCCCGUUCCUACAGCAACCGUUUCAUGUCCCUCCGGCCACCGGAGUUCUGUCGCCGGCGAAUCAGUUCUUCUACUUCAACUCCAUUUUGCGUCCGGCGUGGGAGUACCAUCGCGAUCUCCAAAAUCAGAGGCUAGUAUUCCAUCAGGCAACCGCUCCAACGGCUGUUGAUUUCCUUGGCGCGAUCCGAAGCGACUCCGACUCGUCCUCCGUGAUUGAUCUGAACGAAAACGAUGUCAAGCCGCCACGAGGCGUGAUCGAUCUGAACCUUCCUCCACCACCGGAUACCGCUUGACUCCGAUCGCCGGCGUAACCAAUUUUUUUUUCUCCGUCACGUUCUCUCUCUAGGAAUCAAGCAGAAGAAAUCUCGAAAGAGCUUUCGGCGGUCCCUGAUCAAUUAACAACUUCAGUUAUGAUAACCAACGGAUGUGAAUAGGUAGCAGAAUCACGUAUUUUUCGGCUGUUGUUUGUAGGGAAGCAAGCACUGUUUUGCCAUUGAUGUAAUCUCUAAUGGAAUCAGCGUUUUUAUGGAAUUAACAGCUGAUUAUUUCCCUA